AAUAUGAGAGGAUAAUUGUUACGCGCCCCCUUAAAUAUGCAGUUGUUCUUUUCACUGUGUCAUUUACACGAAGUAUAUUACGAAAACCUAUCAGGGAGUAGGUCGAGUGAUAUUAAACAGUACAGCUAACUAGAUAUUACCAAGAACAGUAUUCUCCUUCUUUAGUGCUUUACGCGAUUUACCGCCGUGAUAAAAUUAAACACUGGAACAGGGUCAUCGGUUUGAAGCCAGCGAAGCGAAAAUUGAAGUCAAAACAGACUAACAUUUAAAAUUGUUAUGACAAGAUAGCGUCCGCGUGAGCAAGAAGUUAUCAUCUUUAAAUCAAGCUUGAAGAUAUCUUUAUGGUCCGUACUUAAAGCCCCUCUGGUCCAGAGACAAAUAUUAAGACUGUUCAAAUCGUGAAGGAGUUAAAUAUAGACCGAAAACCACUCAUUUAAUGUUGUAGCUCACGGGAUUUCUUUACGCGCUGAAACACAUCUACAACACGUCUCCUAUUAACUCGACCUCCACCUCAAAAUAAAGUUUACUUGUCGAAGAGAACAGAAUUAGGAUAGAAAACGACAACAAUAACAGAAGAUGUACGCAUUUUCAAGGACGAUUUUUUUGGGAGUAAUUAUCAAUGUUGGCCAUUGCAUUCAAGGUCUGGUAAAUCCUGUAGCAUUCUACCCCCUCGACAGCAAACAUGGAGCAUCAGAUAUCAGUUGCCAUGACAACAAGAAGGGUACCAUCGUGGGAGCCAAACUAACUGAGGGACCCAAAGGUACCCCAAACACAGGGUAUGACUUUGCGGCAACACCCAAAAACUAUAUUGAAAUACCAGGCACCCAAUAUACAGAUACCCGGUACUCAAUAACUAUACUAGUUUGGAUAUAUCACUCUGGUUUUUCUGGACCAAUAGUUGACUACUCUGCAGAUGGAGUUGGUGUUAACCUUUGGAUGAUGGGGAAGGAUACGUUAUACGGAGGUAUUAUCAGCCGCGACAAACGAACCAGUCAUUUUCUAAGUAGUAAUCAAGUGAGUCUGCAAUAUAGCUGGCACUACRUUGGGUUGAGUUAUGACUAUAGCUUAGGAGUGGCUGUGCUAUGGGUGGAUGGUGCAAAAGUUCGAACAUUAUAUAUUGGGAGUAUCGAAUUAAAGACUGCAGGGAUAAUUCGGCUUGGUGCUCUGAGUACGGACGAUCGCUACUUUAGAGGGAAGAUCUCUUGUCUACAAAUAUAUGACGAAGCAUUGAAGGAAUCUGCCAUAUUACAAGCAAGAAAUCGAUGUGCCCAGAAAGUGCUUGACUGCAGUGUAACAUCAAAAGUAGAAUGCGGAGGUGAGAUGUCAAUGCUGACAGGGACAAUUACAUYCCCACGGUACCCUAGAGAGUAUCCACCAAAUGUAGAUUGUAUUUGGAAGCUGAGUCUCCCCAAAGGAAAGAGGAUUGCUAUUAGAUUCAGCAAAAUAGAUUUGGAGAAACACUUGUACAGUUGUGGUGAUUAUAUUGAAGUCUUUGAUGGCUUGAACAGCUGGUCAACUCGAAUCAUUAAAUACUGCAAGACCCCAGACAAUGACAAGAUGAACUUUGUAUCCAAGUCCAACACAAUGAGGAUUGAAUUCAAGAGCAAUGGCAACACUAAUGGCAAGGGAUUCCAAGCAUAUUAUACAUCUGAAGAUAUUGUAAAAGCAGACAACAAAGAGACACUGGACCUUAGUGUACAUUACACAGGGAUAGUAAUAGGCGUGGCCUGUGCGGCACUGUUUGCCGCUUUAACAAUCAUUGCAAUCAACCAUACCAAACAGAGCAGGCGUAGACGCAGCAGUACCAUGUCCUCAGCAAGACCAAGAAGGUCUGAAAGUUUUUCAGCAACGGACAUUAUUGGACAAGGUGCCCCACCCUCAUAUGACGUAGUCAUGCGAUGCCCAGAUCUUUAUCCUCCGUCUCCACAAAUGAGCCCAGCAACAUCUGUCAUCUCUACUCUUGGAAAUGCACGUUUUGGGGGGCUUCGUCAUGUGCCAUCACCCUUGUCAACUAGGACAAUUAAUUCAUCAAUAUCGCAGAGAUUUAACAAGCGACUUUCAAACGGUUUUUCAGAGGACUCAGAUGAAGAAGAUCCUCCACCUUACCCAGGGGUGGAAGCCACGGCAGAAACUAGCCGUCAUUUACAUGAGUGUCAACACAAUGAUCAGUCAAAUAUUGCUGAUUCAGCGAAUAAUAUCUCCAUAAAUCAGCUGAAUCAUUAUUCAUCUGCAAUAGACAAUGCUGAUUCCCAUGACUCCUCGGCAAGAGACCCACUAGGGUCCAGUCCACCUGGUAACCCCAGUACCUCUCCUUCCUUAUGUUUGAGUGAGCUUGGUACUGACAUAGACAGUAAUAAUGAGGGUGAAGAUGUGCAUGUUGACGCACAUGUUGUAACAAUUCCAAAUAAUGAAGAACAUAAUAAUGAGGCUCACAACGAUUUAAUGCCUGAUUCCAGUCAUCAACCUGCCGCUGAUGGAAGUGAUGUCUCUGUUGCCAUAGCAACAAGCGAGGGAAAUAUCACUCAAGCGCAAAGUAAGACAAAUGAUGUAGAAACUGACGAAACAAGAAACAGACUUGAUUCUCAGGCUAGUAUAAUAGGGACAGUAGUGUAGUGUGAAUACAGUAGGAAUAGUAGUGAAUGGUAAAAUAGGGAUGCUAUGUGAUACCAUGGAAAGAAAGUACUAUUUGAUAAUGGUAAUUCAUUCAGAUAUAAAGGAGAAAAAAUGCAUAUACAUGUCGGCAAAGGUUAAAAGAUGAUACUUAUAAAUAGAAUGAAAAUGAUGGUGAUGUUUUUGCACCAACAUUAGUGAGGGGGAAAGAGCAUUUAUUAGCUGUUUCCUACAUGUAGAUGACUAAUAGCUUAAGUGCGCAAUGGCGUACAUGUAUACUGGCAGUAUAUCAAUAUAUAUGUAGCGGUUAUAAGAAAUGUUUUUAAGAUGGAUAGAUAAAAACAAAGCAAAAAAAGUAAUACAUAAAAAAAUGAGUAUAGAGAGUAUCCAUACCUCCCCCAUGGAGGGGG